GGGUAACACAGCCUUUCCGUCCCGGGUCCCCAGAGGUUGGACAGACGUCUGCCUCGGCGUGGAGGCCAGCGGGUCACCCAGAGCCCUGGCGGAGAGGAGCGGAAGUGGGUGGGGCGCCGGACCCCGCAACACCUGCCAGGCGCGCAGAUAAAUCACCGACGCAAACUGCACUGACGUUCGGCGCUGGCACCGAGUGCCAAGUGCCGACGCGGACAGUCAAGUUCUGGGAAGAAGAAUCUGAUCCGGGCGAGGCGGCGGCGGUGCGGACUGAAACCCACCCGAGGGGGGCGGAGAGGGCGGGGAGUCUGCUCUCCCUGCGGGCGCUUCGGGCACUUACGGAAUUCUUACCUGACCCGCGCCCAGCCCGAGGAGGCACUGGCAUCUCCGCUUUACAGCUCGAGAAGGUGUCUGCAGGAGUGACCCAAGCACAUUACAAAGCACACGACUUCCCAACUUCGACCGACUCGGACGCGCUGGACAUCAGCACCAAAGUGCAGCUCUACGGUGUGCUGUGGAAGCGGCCCUUCGGGAGGCCGUCCGCCAAGUGGUCCCGGCGGGGCUACCAAAGGGGAAAGGAAUCAAAACCUUACUUAGAAGAGAGAAGAGAACCUGGGAGAAGUGUCUAGAGGGUUUUUCAUCAUCAAAGAGAGCUUUCUUCUUUACUACUCUGAAAGCGAGAAAAAGAACUUUGAAAGCAAUAAAUACUUCAAUAUACAUCCUAAGGGCGUCAUCCCCCUAGGAGGCUGCCUGGUGGAGGCCAAGGAGGAACCCAGCAUGCCCUAUGCCAUGAAAAUCUCCCACCAGGACUUCCAUGGCAACAUCUUGCUGGCUGCUGAGUCCGAGUUUGAGCAGACCCAGUGGCUGGAGAUGCUACAGGAGUCCGGGAAGGUGACUUGGAAGAAUGCCCAGCUGGGAGAAGCCAUGAUCAAAAGCCUGGAGGCCCAGGGGCUGCAGUUGGCCAAGGAGAAGCAGGAGUAUUUAGACAAGCUGAUGGAGGAGACGGAAGAACUCUGCCUUCAGAGGGAGCAGAGAGAGGAGCUUGAACGCUUGAACCAGGUGCUGGAAGCCGAGAAGCAGCAGUUUGAGGAGGUGGUGCAGGAGCUGAAAAUGGAGCAGGAGCAGAUCAAAAGGGAGCUCGAGCUGACUGCAAGAUGCCUCAAGGGUGUGGAGCAAGAGAAGAAGGAGCUGAGGCACCUCACAGAGUCCCUGCAGCAGACAUUGGAGGAACUCUCCAUAGAGAAGAAGAAAACCCUGGCGAUGCUGGAGGAGAAUGAGAACCAGCUGCAGACACUGGCCAAUCAGAGUGAGCAGCCCCCUCCCAGUGGGGGUCUCCACAGCAACCUGAGGCAGAUAGAGGAGAAGAUGCAGCAGCUCUUGGAAGAGAAGCUCCUGGCUGAGAAGCGGAUGAAGGAGAACGAGGAGCGCUCUCGGGCCCUGGAGGAAGAGCGGGAGUUCUACUCGACCCAGUCCCAGGCCCUGCAGAACUCGCUGCAGGAGCUGACCGCAGAGAAGCAGCAGGCCGAGCGGGAGCUCAAGGCCGAGGUGAAGGUCCGCAUGGACCUGGAGAGGCGUCUGCGGGAGGCAGAGGGGGCCUUGCGGAGCCUGGAACAGGGGCUCAACUCCAAGGUGCGGAACAAAGAGAAGGAGGAGAGGAUGCGGGCUGACGUGAGCCACCUGAAAAGGUUCUUCGAGGAGUGCAUCCGGAAUGCGGAGCUGGAGGCCAAGAUGCCGGUCAUCAUGAAGAACUCCGUGUACAUCCACAAGGCGGCCACUCGCCGGAUCAAGAGCUGCCGCUUCCACCGGCGCCGCUCCAGCACCUCCUGGAAUGACAUGAAGCCAUCCCAGUCUUUCAUGACCUCCCAGCUGGAUGCCAACAACAUGGAGGAGCUAAAGGAGGUGGCCAAGAGGCUCAGCCGGGACCAGCGCUUCCGAGAAUCCAUCUACCACAUCAUGGCAAACCAGCCAGGAGCGCCGUCAGUGGUUCCCCGGGGUGGGAAGUGAUGAGUGGGCCUCCCCUGCCUCCCGGGUCUUUCCGCAGCCGCUGGGUGGGCGAGGGGGCAGCAGGGGGAGGUCUGACUCUACCGGGCACCUCUCUGCUCCCAUCUGGGCCGGAGCUCCACCUGCAGCAGCCUCACCCUCAAAGCACAGGGAUGGCUCCUCGAUCUCCCAGACCCUACCCUACCCUGGCGUUUACAUCAGGCCCAGUCAGACCCCAGCUGGGUGCUGCCUGGUGCUCAUCUCGGGCUCACUUGGUGAGGCCAGGGGAGGCCUGGCUGCGCUUGGAGACCUUUUGGUUGGGGAGUGGCGUAGGCCAGGCCCACAGCCCUUUCUUGAGCCCACUACAUCUCUCUGUGAUGCUGUCUCCCUGUCCUUGUGUAUGAAGGCGUCCCCCCCUUCACCUUGUCACCUGCUUCCCCCUGGGGUUCCUAAUCCUGUCUUUGCUUCUAAGACCCAUAGAUAUCCCGCAGCCAAGGCCCUCACUUUUACUACAUUGUGGGGCAGGGAAGAGAGGGGCCUAACACAGUGACAUUUGGGUUUGUGGCAUACCACACUUGCCAUGGUGUCUCCUUUCCUGAGGUUGGGCCCUGACGGAGGGGCUACCCACUCGCUCCCCUCCUCAGGAGAGUUCUCCCACCUGUGGCUUCAGGUGGCUUGGAGGGUGACAUGACCCUCCCCCUUUUCCCUCACAUUCCUCCUGCUGGGUAUCUAGGGCCCAGGGCUCUGACUGAGAUAUGGGGCCGGCAGUGAUUCUGAGGGCUCUCCCAGAUGACAAGUAGUAAGCUCAGGGGGUGGGACAAGGUGGCAUUGCUUACUACUGGUUGGAUAAGGAGGAAGCUGCUUCUGGCUGUGGGGGCCCUGUUGGUCUGUGGGAUCACAGCUGCCUCCCUCUGAGCUGCUCCUGCUUUAGCCACCUUGCAGCCUCUUCUCCCUGCAGAGCUUUACCCACUGAAGCAAGGUGACCCUCGAAGAUGAAGGGCCUGGACCUGUAUAAGACCAAUAGCCAUUGUCUGGCCCCAUGUCAUUGGGGGUGAAGCUGAAACAUCUUGCUGGUGGUCUGUGGGGGGGGGGGGGGCAGCCCUCAGCCACAGACCGUCCACUCUUCUCUCUUCCUAGCCACACUCUCCAAAGCUGCCUGGGUCUGUUGAUCUCUCCAGAGAAAGGGGGUCUACCUGGGAUCAGGGUGCUCAUGGUCACUGUUGGUAUUAAAGGUGCUGAUCUUCUGCUGCUUGGCAAACAGAGCGAGGAGCCCGGUCUGAACGGUGCACAGAUGUCUGCCAGGCACGCCCCAGCAGAGGUGUUGCCCCCACCCCCCGAAAUGCGUGCAUAUCUGCCGGACGGCCUGCCCAGACCAGGCCGCGGUGCACUGCUCACGGUGCUCACGGAUGCCCGGCAAAGCUAAGGGGGACUCCACUAAAGUCCUGGGUGGACUCUGAUGGCUUUAGCCAGUCUCUGCGGAAGCCGGGUGGGAACAGGGGCAGAGACACUUAGAAUCGAUGCGUCUGAAAAGGGAUGAGUCUAAAUGUAAAAACUGCAAACAUGUAGAAACCUGCAUAGACUUGGAACUCAUUUAUCUAACAUCUAUAGAGGAUGGACUUUGAAAUGAGGAGGAAGAGGUAUACAGUCAAGAUUACCGUGUUUUUGGUUUUUUAAAUAAUUCUGUUAAUAAUGGUUUGCUCUUGGAAAAAGAUCUUUUGGAAAUUUUCGAAUGUGUUUUCCCCCAAGGCAAGCUAUUAACCAGAAGAGAAAGUGCUUUUCCGUGCACAUUCACCAAUCCUUAUUUCCUCUCCUCCCAUUUUACCUUGUACUUUCUAUACCUCAGGCAAGUCUGGGUUAUCUGGGUUAUCUUCACCAACUGAGCCGUCCAUAAGUAUUUAUUUGUUAAAAGCUCACUAUGUACCUAACACUGUAAAUAGAAAAAAAGCAACAUCUCUAUAUGAAAAUAUAUCACAGUAGAAAUUACUUAUUGGAAAUGUACUGAUCUGAUUUAAAAAAAAAAAAACAAAACCCGUACUCCUUAGCCAAUUAAAUGGGUUUCUUG